AUGUCUCGGACAACCAGUGUCCCACGUGCUUUUCAGUCCAUUAAGUCGCUGCCACCUGAGUACAAGUAUGAUAAUAAUCGAAACGCUGGUCAAGUGGAGAAGCAUGGAAAUGUUAAACUGAGAAGCAAUGAUCUGAUUCGAUCAAAUGGUCGUGAAAAUGGUGUAAUAUCGGGGGAGGUUUCUAAGGAAGCCAAUAACAGUGCUGGCGACAUGGAUCUCUUUGACGAAGAAUCUCCUUAUGGUGGAAACGCUGAAUCAUUUGAAGACAGGCCGCCGUAUGCCAAUGAAGACUCAAUAUCUGCUUUGUUGCCCCAACCGUCAAUUUCAACGUCCUCUAGGGAAAGCAGGUGGAGUGAUACAACUCCUUAUGCUUCAAAGAAGAAGCUUCAGUCUUGGUUUCAACUUUCUAAUGGGGAUUGGGAACUGGUAAAGAUAAUAUCAGCUUCUGGAGCAGAAUCUGUCAUUUCACUGCCUGAUGGGAAAGUUUCAAAAGUGAAAGAUGAAAGUUUGGUACCGGCAAAUCCUGAUAUUCUUGAUGGAGUGGAUGACCUGAUGCAACUUAGUUAUUUAAAUGAACCGUCAGUUUUAUACAACCUGCAACAUAGAUACAAUCAAAAUAUGAUCUAUACAAAAGCAGGGCCUGUUUUGGUGGCCGUAAAUCCCUUUAAGAAAGUUCCUCUGUACGGUAUUGACUAUAUUGAAGCCUACAAGCGUAAAGCAAAUGAAAGCCCUCAUGUGUAUGCAAUUACAGACUCAGCCAUAAGAGAGAUGACACGGGAUGAAGUUAACCAAUCAAUAAUUAUAAGUGGAGAGAGUGGAGCAGGGAAGACUGAGACAGCAAAAAUAGCAAUGCAAUACCUGGCUGCCCUUGGUGGUGGAAGUGGAAUAGAGCAUGAAAUAUUAAAGACUAAUCCAAUACUGGAAGCCUUUGGAAAUGGAAAAACAUUGAGAAAUGACAACUCAAGUCGUUUUGGAAAACUCAUUGAGAUUCACUUCAGUGAAACAGGAAAAAUAUCUGGUGCUAAUAUUCAAACAUUUUUGUUGGAGAAGUCUAGAGUAGUCCAAUGCAAUGAAGGGGAAAGGUCAUAUCAUAUAUUUUAUCAGCUAUGUGCUGGAGCACCACCAUCUCUCAGGGAGAAGCUAAAUCUACAAAGUGUGGAAGACUAUAAAUAUCUGAGGCAGAGCAAUUGUUAUUCAAUUACUGGCGUUGAUGAUGCAGAAGAAUUUCGUAUAGUCAUGGAUGCUCUAGAUGUUGUUCACAUUAGCAAAGGAGACCAGGAGAAUGUAUUUGCAAUGCUUGCUGCAGUGUUAUGGUUGGGAAACAUAUCAUUUACUGUGAUCGAUAAUGAAAAUCAUAUUCAAGCCGUUGAGGAUGAGGGGCUGUUCAGCACUGCCAAGUUGAUUGGAUGUGAAAUUGAAGAUCUGAAGUUGACUUUAUCAACUCGCAAAAUGAAAGUUGGUAAUGAUAUUAUUGUCCAGAAGUUGACGCUAUCUCAGGCUAGUGAUGCAAGAGAUGCUUUGGCGAAGUCUAUUUAUGCAUGUCUGUUUGAUUGGCUGAUCGAACAAAUAAACAAAUCACUAGCUGUUGGCAAAAGAAGAACUGGCAGAUCUAUCAGUAUUCUAGAUAUAUAUGGCUUUGAGUCAUUCAAUAGGAACAGUUUUGAGCAGUUCUGCAUAAAUUAUGCAAAUGAAAGAUUACAGCAACACUUCAAUCGUCAUUUGUUCAAGCUAGAACAGGAGGAAUAUAUCCAAGAUGGAAUUGACUGGGCUAAAGUUGAAUUUGAAGACAACCAAGACUGCCUUAAUCUUUUUGAAAAGAAACCACUGGGGCUACUAUCCUUGUUAGAUGAAGAGUCUACUUUUCCAAAUGGUACUGAUUUAACAUUUGCCAACAAGCUUAAGCAGCAUUUGAAUUCUAAUUCAUGCUUCAAAGGAGAACGAGAAAAAGCCUUCACUGUGCGUCAUUAUGCAGGAGAGGUCACUUAUGAUACAACUGCAUUCUUGGAGAAGAAUAGGGACCUAUUGCACGUGGAUUCCAUCCAACUUUUAUCCUCAAGCAAAUGUCAUCUUCCUCAGAUAUUUGCAUCCUAUAUGCUUACUCAGUCUGAGAAGCCUGUAGUUGGUCCCUUGCACAAGUUAGGCGGGGCAGAUUCCCAAAAGCUAAGUGUUGCCACAAAAUUCAAGGGACAAUUGUUUCAACUGAUGCAACGUUUAGAGAGUACCACCCCUCAUUUUAUUCGCUGCAUUAAGCCCAAUAAUCUCCAAUCACCUGGAUCAUAUGAGCAAGGACUUGUGCUACAGCAGUUGAGAUGUUGCGGGGUCCUAGAAGUGGUUCGAAUAUCCCGAUCAGGCUUUCCCACUAGAAUGUCUCACCAAAAGUUUGCGAAAAGAUAUGGUUUUCUUCUCCUUGAAAAUGAUGCAUCUCAAGAUCCACUUAGUGUUUCUGUUGCUAUUCUUCAUCAGUUUAACAUUUUACCUGAGAUGUAUCAAGUUGGCUACACAAAACUAUUCUUCCGAACUGGGCAGAUUGGAGUGCUCGAAGAUACUAGAAAUCGUACUCUCCAUGGCAUUUUACGUGUACAAAGUUGCUUUAGGGGUUAUCAAGCUCGUUGUCUUCGCAAGGAACUCUGGAGAGGAAUCACUACUCUUCAGUCAUUUAUUAGAGGAGAGAAAAGCAGAAGGGAGUUUGCAACUUCGCUUCAGAGACACAGAGCGGCUGUUAUUAUACAGAAGCACGUGAAAACAAUAUAUGCAAGAAACAGAAUGAAAAUGACCACUGAUGCUGCAGUUGUCAUACAGUCAUUUAUUCGGGGAUGGUUAGUCAGAAGAUGCUCAGGAGAUAUAGGAUUUUUAAAACCUGGAGGCAUGAAGACUAAUGAAGCAGAUGAGGUUCUGGUGAAGGCCUCUUUCCUAGCUGAAUUACAACGCAGGGUGCUUAAGGCAGAAGCCGGCCUGAGAGAGAAAGAAGAGGAAAAUGACAUCCUUCAUCAACGACUUCAACAGUAUGAAAGCAGAUGGUCUGAAUAUGAACUAAAAAUGAAAUCCAUGGAAGAAGUAUGGCAAAAACAAAUGAGAUCCUUACAAUCAAGCCUCUCCAUUGCAAAGAAGAGUCUUGCUAUGGAUGAUUCCGAUAGAAAUUCGGAUGCUUCCGUUAAUGCAAGUGAGGACAGGGAAUACAGCUGGGAUAUUGGAAAUAAUCACAAACGCCAAGAAAGCAGUGGAACAAGAUCCAUGAGUGCUGGUUUGAGUGUUAUAAGCCGGUUGGCUGAAGAAUUUGAGCAAAGGAGUCAAGUGUUUGGUGAUGAUGCCAAGUUCUUGGUUGAGGUAAAAUCUGGUCAAAUUGAAGCAAGUCUGAACCCAGACAGAGAGCUUAGAAGGUUAAAACAAAUGUUUGAAGGUUGGAAAAAGGACUAUGCAACCAGACUGCGUGAAACGAAGGUUAUUUUAAAUAAACUUGGAAGUGAAGAUGGUUCAUCAAUAGAGAAAGCUAAGAAGAAGUGGUGGGGAAGAAGGAACAGUACUAGGAUGAGUUGA